AUGGGAUUGGAGUCGUACUUGGGCCACGCUAUGCUGAAGCAUCAUGACGCUGACAGCAUGCCUACAAUGACAGCAGCGGAUGCCACUAGCGCCACCGAGCAUGCCGGACACGGCUCUGGAAGCUCUGGCAGCGGUGGCCACGGGGGCAGCGGCAGCGUCCAUAUGAUGAACAUGUACUUGGGCAACAACUACAAGGGGUACCCGGUUCUAUUCAAGAAUCUAAAGGCGGACAAUGGGGCCGAGGCGUUCGGUAUUUUUGUGCUGAUUGUGGUGGCCUGUUUUGCAUAUAAGUCUCUUCUAUUCAUAAGCUGGUGCCUAGAGGUGAAGUGGUUUAAGAACGUUGGCAAGUCGCAGCCGUCCGCAGAUGGCAGCGUCGGUCAGGGCAAGGAGAGCGCCUCUGCACCAGCGGAUAUCUACGCACGCGAUAUCGAGCACCAAAAUCCUCUCUUCCCAACCAUGCCACACUUCCUGUUCGACAUUUUUGCGCCAACGUGGAAGGAGCUGUUGCAGGACUUGGUCCGGCUCGUGAUCACAUUUCUCUCGACCCUAAUCGUCUACCUGCUCAUGUUGGUGGCAAUGUCCUACGUGCUCACAUUCAUCUUCGCCAUUGCGUUCGGUCUCGCCACUGCCGAGGUAUUUUAUAACCGCUGCAAGCUUGUUCUUGUGAGGCGUUGGGACCUCAAGCGCGAGCUGGAGAAGAGAAAGGGCUGCCCCGGCAGCGGCAACUGUUCAUGUGGCUACCACAGGCCUGAAGAGAAUGCGGUGCUCGACGACACAGUGUCGUGCUCCACCAUGAAGGAUCGCUCCGUCUCGCAGGCUGACGCAGACUGCUGCUGUGCGCCAGUUGCCGCCAUGGAGAAGCAGCAACGCCAACAGCGCGAGGUUUCCCAGAUUGCACGCCAGCGCGAAGAGAACGGCGACAUGAAUGUCGAUCUUAUGCCCGCCGAGAAAUUCAAAUGA